AUGAUGGUUGGUAGCGCGGAGAAAGAUAUCGCGAAAAUUCAGGCGGGAAAGCCAGAGAAUGCACCGGAAGUCCUCGAUGAUUUUGAUGACAACGCUGUCGAAGAAGCAAUUACACUGAGGGUUGAAAAUCUCCAGAAAAUUGACAAACGCGUCGCAAGUCUUCCAAUUGAAGUUUUGAACGAACCUCGACCUGGUUCAAAACUGCUCGUUCUCGAUAUUGACUAUACUCUCUUUGACCACAGAAGUGUUGCGACAAAUGCCAUGCAACUUAUGCGUCCUUAUCUUCACGAAUUUCUGGCGAAAGCUUAUCGAGACAAUUAUGACAUUGUAAUUUGGUCGGCGACUUCGAUGAGAUGGAUCAAGUUGAAAAUGGACGAGCUUGGAGUCACGGGAAAUUUAGAUUACAAGCUUGCCUUCAUGGUCGAUUCAAGAGCUAUGAUUUCGGUACAUGCAGAGCCCUACGGCGUAAUCGAAGUCAAACCCUUGGGUUAUAUUUGGAAGAACUACAAACAGUGGGGGCCACAAAACACGAUCAUGUUCGAUGAUCUCCGACGGAACUUCGUGAUGAACCCUCAAUCCGGUCUAAAAAUUCGCCCAUUCAAAAACGCUGCAACCGCUCAAGCCACAGAUAGAGAGCUCCUGAAGCUUUCCAAAUACCUUACAGUUCUCAAAGAUAUUGACGAUUUCAAAAGUCUCGACCACAGAAACUGGGAAAAGUUUCUGAAAUCACGAAAGCGCUCUCGAGACGAAGAUACUGCCUAA